AUGUUGAUGGAGAACUGUCCCAUCAUCAACAUCAAUAUUCGGAUUUGGCUCUUCUGGGGUUACCUCCGGCAGACCAAAUGGUUCAGUUAUCUGUUCGGUUGUAUUCCGGUUGCAAUUUUGAAUGUGUUUCAGUUUAUGAAUGUGUUGAAGAUGGCUUUUUCCGGUGAAGGCGACAUCGACAGUAUUACGAAAGAUGGUUUCUUUACGGUGUUGUAUUUCAAUUUGGUGCUCCGUACCGGCUGUUUAGUGAUCAAUCGACGAAAGUUUGAACGGUUUUUCGAGGGAAUAUCCGCCGAGUACGAGCAACUGGAGAAACACAGCAAUAUCCGGUCCAUCCUGGAUGCCAGAACCCGUCAGGCGAGGGUUCUGUCGAAGACAAACCUCUAUCUUGGAGCACUCAUGACCACUUGCUUUUCGCUCUAUCCGCUAUUCUCCGCCGAACGCGUCCUCCCGUACGGAGUCUUUAUACCGGGCAUUGAUGUGCACGCGACACCAAUUUACGAAAUUGUGUUUUUUCUGGAAUUUUAUCUUACGAUCCCGGCCUGCUGCAUGUACAUCCCGUUCACCAGCUUCUACUGCACGUGUUCGCAGUUCGGAUUAGUGCGGAUUGCAGCCCUGAAACAGUCUCUGCAGAAACUCCAUCAGCACAACUGGUCCGAGCAGGCGCUGAUUGCCAAAUUGAAACAGUGCCUGGAAUAUCACAAAGAAAUUAUCAAAUACGUGAGCGACCUUAACGAGUUGAUUGCGUACAUUUUUCUGCUGGAACUGCUCAUUUGCGGAACGAUGCUGUGUGCGCUUCUAUUUAUCCUGAACCUGAGUAACCAACUGACACAGAUAGCAAUGAUUUGUUCGUACCUUUUGACGCUCCUAUUGCAACUGUUCGCCCUCUACUGGCAUUCGAAUGAAAUUCGGGAACAGAGCCUGGAAAUUGGUGAUUGGCUCUACUACAACAGCGCUUGGCUCGAUUUUAGUGUCCCUGUCAAAAAAAUGAUUCUUUUGAUGAUUGCCCGCACACAGCGCCCAUUAGUGAUCAAGAAUGGAAAUGUUUACCCGAUGACGCUGGAAACGUUUCAAUCGUUAUUAAAUACUUCAUAUUCGUACUACACAAUCCUCCGGCGGGUAUACAAAUGAGGGCGAGAUUAAGCAUAAACGUUUUUUUUUUGCACAUUGUCAGUCACACUUUUUUUUGUUCGUGGAGGGAAAUCGACAUUCAAGGAAGGAACUCCAAUCAAGCGAAGAUUUUCGCCGCAAAUUGAGCAUGCAAAAUGAUGAUGGAUUUUGCUUUCAAUGGUAGAACCUUUACGAACCAUACGAUA